CUCGCGGGGCGGCGGCUGACGGUGCGAACAAAAAAUAGUUCGUUGAGCGCUAGAAUCCCAUCAAAUCGUCGGCUCCCUCGAGGCCUCGACUCGAAUCCGCGGUACAGGAAGACGCACGAGCUUAGCCGCCCCCGCCGCCGCCGAUGGAUCCAAAGCUGGUGGAGGUCAUGCAGCUGUUCGCCCGCUUCAAGGCGGCCUACCUCCGCAGCGAUCUCGACGUCUGCUCCAACUUCCUCUCGCAGCUCAAGGCCCUCCUCACCAAGUUCCCCAGCCUACCUCCGUUGUUUCAGCAGACGCCCAAUGCCGUGGAGGAGCUCAAACUUGCGAGGGACAUUUAUGAGCAUGCAGUUCUUCUCAGUGUGAAAACAGAAGAUCAAGAUGCAUUUGAAAGGGACUUCUGCCACCUCAAGCCUUAUUACAUGGACACAUGUGGCAUAAUUCCUCCAUCACCGGUUGAGUACCCAAUUAUGGGGCUUAACCUUCUGAGGCUGUUGGUCCAGAAUAGAAUUGCGGAGUUCCACACUGAGCUGGAGCCUCUGCCCACCAAAGCGCUGGAGAAUCCUUGCAUCAAGCACGCGGUUGAGCUCGAGCAGUCUCUUAUGGAGGGCGCUUACAACCGCGUGCUGAGUGCUUGACAAGCUGUGCCGCAUGAAAGUUAUGUAUACUUCAUGGACCUUCUAGCCGAAAGAGUAGUUAGGUAAGUGGGCUUGUGUCGCUACCCCUUCGUGUGUGAUCUGCCGAUUUACUCCUUAUGCAGUCUGUUGCUAAGUGCUGAAGAGUUAGGAGCCUUUUGUAAGUUUUUCUAUGUAUGGGACGAAGCAUAUUGGGUGGCCGAGAACUUUACUUAUAAAGAUGGAUUUGUAGAAAUUGGAUCUUCCAUAGGAACUUUAAAAGAUGCAAUAGAUUAGGUUCUGCUGCUCUUUGUAGUGCAACUAUGUUUUAGGACAAAUAUUGCCAAAGAUGAGAAAGGCUGCUCACUGUUGAGCUCAUGAUUUCGUUUUUUAUGUAACAUUUAGUAACAUUGGACCCUUAAUGGAGAUUACAAAGAUGGGGAGUUCUAGCCACCCAGUUCAUCAAGAUGCACAAGUACAAAAUCAAAAUAAUCUCCUUCAAGCCCAACAGGUUAGCAACUGCUGCUGGUUACCAUACUUUACUAGACCAUUACUGGCGCGCAUUGCCGCGCCCAUCUAUUUUUGCGAUAGAAUGAUAAGAAUUCCAUAACUACAAGGACAAACAUAGAAAUUAUCAUACAUGCUAAAUAAAUGCAU